CAACUGGUAAAAAAAAAAAAAAAACAUAUCCCUACACAAAAGGCUUUUAUCCCACACAGCUUGUAAUCAGUCCAUAUGCUCCAGCCUAUGUAGCGAGAAAAAUAGAAUAAUAAUUAACUUCUAGUGGUUUCUCGAUUGCUGGAAGGCGGUUUCCGGUGCUGCUCUGUGGUUUUCAGGGCUGUUUUUUUAGGGUAUGGGGAGGAUGGGGGGUAGUCAGAUGACGUACUCGGUGAAUCCCGAUGACUAUAAGCUUCUAGAAGAGGUUGGCUAUGGUGCGAGUGCUACUGUGUAUAGAGCAAUCUAUCUUCCUUUCAACGAUGUCGUCGCCGUUAAGUGCUUGGAUCUCGAUCGGUGCAAUAGCAAUCUGGAUGACAUACGAAGGGAAGCACAGACCAUGCGUUUGAUAGACCAUCCAAAUGUGAUUAGGGCAUUUUGCUCAUUUGUUGUUGACCAAAAUCUUUGGGUGGUGAUGCCAUACAUGGAUCAGGGUUCUUGCUUGCAUCUAAUGAAGAUUGCCUAUCAGGAUGGGUUUGAAGAGGCUGCUAUUGGUUCCAUUCUGAAAGAAACUCUCAAGGCUUUGGAAUACCUGCAUCGACAAGGGCAUAUUCAUCGGGAUGUUAAGGCUGGAAACAUACUAUUGAAUGGAAAUGGCGAGGUAAAGCUUGCUGAUUUUGGUGUUUCAGCUUGCAUGUUUGAUACAGGUGAUAGACAACGUGCUAGAAAUACUUUUGUGGGGACUCCAUGCUGGAUGGCACCAGAGGUUUUGCAGCCAGGAAGCGGAUAUAAUUCCAAGGCUGAUAUUUGGUCUUUCGGUAUAACAGCAUUGGAGUUGGCACAUGGUCAUGCUCCUUUCUCAAAAUACCCUCCAAUGAAGGUUCUUUUGAUGACCAUACAAAAUGCCCCUCCUGGACUUGAUUAUGAUCGUGAUAAAAAGUUCUCUAAGUCUUUUAAAGAAAUGGUUGCAAUGUGCCUGGUAAAAGAUCAAACAAAGAGGCCAACAGCUGAGAAGUUAUUAAAGCAUUCCUUUUUCAAGCAUGCAAAGCCUCCAGAGCUUUCUGUGAAAAAGUUAUUUGCAGAUUUGCCCUCUCUUUGGAAUCGUGUGAAAGCCCUUCAGCUUAAAGAUGCUGCACAGCUAGCUCUAAAGAAAAUGCCUUCAGCAGAACAAGAAGCUUUGUCCCAGAGUGAGUAUCAGAGAGGAGUUAGUGCUUGGAAUUUUGACCUAGAGGAUUUAAAAGCUCAAGCGUCACUUGUGCGAGAUGAUGAUGAUGAUAUGCCUGAGACAAGGGAAGAAGAUGAAUGCAUGAAACAAUUUGGUAGUGAUAAGUCUGUGUCUGAUGGUCAAUCCAGUUCUGUGAAACUGAACUCAAAUAGUGAAAUACAGCAAGUUGAGUGCAGAGCACGGACGGGUGCAGAUGAAUUGUCGCAUGCUGAGAGCUUGAUCAGAAAGGGCAAGCUCCUUGAAAGUGACACUCUAGAAACUGGGAUCCAAGAGAAAUUUGGUUGGAAGAAAAAUGAUGCAACCAAUGAUGAAAAAGUAUCAACCUCUGAAAGGGACAUGACUCAGGAUAAGGCUAAAAUGGUGAAGGGCCGCCAAAGUCAGAGUGGGCCACUUGUGCCUGGUGCUGUACUUGGCCAUUCAUUGUCAGACAAGGGGCGUUUUUGGGAAAGGUCUGAGAAUGACAGUAAGCCAAUAACAGAGAAAACCACUCGUGAAGUUCGAAAAGCUCCAAGCUUUAGUGGUCCACUGAUGCUUCCAAACCGAGCUUCUGCAAACAGUUUAUCAGCUCCUAUAAAAUCUUCAGGAGGAUUUAGAGAUUCUUUGGAUGAGAAGUCAAAGGCUAAUCUAGUGCAAAUCAAGGGGCGAUUUUCAGUAACAUCAGAAAAUUUAGAUCUCGUAAAGGAUAUUCCAUUAAGUACAGUUCCACGUCGAUCUUCACAGGGAUCACCACUAAGAAAGUCUGCAAGUGUUGGUGAUUGGAUUUUUGAGUCCAAACAAACGUCUACCAGUCAGUCUCCCAAGGAGAUCAGCAAUAGCAAUUUACCUGCAUCACUCCUUAUGCCUUACCUGCAGAACCUUUUUCAGCAGACCUCAAUUCAACAGGAUCUUAUUGUGAAUUUGUUCAAUAGCUUGCAACCAGCUGAAGCUGUAGAUGCAGUACAAAAUGGAAAGUUGCCACCAUUGCCUCGUGGUUCAGAGAAUAAUGGAAGUGUUGAAGCGGCACCUUCUGAGAGGGAACGAUUGUUGUUGAUGAAAAUUUCUGAGCUUCAAGCUAGGAUGAUCAAUUUGACUGAUGAACUUAAUUCUGAAAGGCUGAAAUAUGUGCAGUUGCAGCAGCAGCUGAAAUCCAUACCUGGUCAGGAAGAAAAUGGAGAAAGAAGGGAACUGGAUGCCUGAAAGCUGAAAUGCUUAUUGCUGUAAAGUGAAACCAUCAUGUAAAUUCAGGGAGGAGAUGUACAUCAUGCAGAUACAUCAUCCUUUUUUCUUGGCUGGACUGCAAUUCUGUUAUACAUAUUUCCUUGCAGAUUCCAUUCGCCACAAUGACAACUAAGCAAACUUUACAGCUACAUCAGAAUGCAUUUUCAUUCAGUUUAUCAAAUUCAAGUGGAAUUGAGCUCCUCCUUGCACUGUGUGAAAUAGUAUCCAAAAAACAUUUUUUUUUAACCCGCAUUGUGAAUCAGUUGCCAUGAGAGAAUACAAAGCUUCGAGUGUUCAAAUCUACAUCUUCUCUUUAUAGUGUUUAUUCAAGUGUAUUAUUCUGUUCAUAGCGACCUGAUCUUGUAUAUGUUGUUGGUAGAACCUAGUGCUGUUUCUUUUUCGUAUUUAUUUAUAAAGUUGCGCUAGUUCCAAGUAUGAAGCAACGGUUUGGAAUUUUGCAGCUCUUUGAAAAUGGUAAUAAACGAAGUCAUCAAUCUAUGAUUCUGUA